CCUUUGUCUACCAAAAACUGUCUUUUAUGACCAGGAAAUGUUUCUUCUACUUGUCUUCACUUUCUCUUUGACCCAUGUUGUUGAAUUUUUCCCAACAGGUUGGAGUCAUGUCUUCAGAAAUCUUGGUGGUGGCUGCCCUGGGUCGACCUUUCACCUUAGGGACGCUCUAUGAUGCUCGGCAAGAUAAACUGAUCCCAGGUCUCACGUUCUGGGAUGAUGAAGUUCUAAAAGAGAGCACAGUUGAAAGCUGUCAGCCCAGCAGUGCAUUUCAAAUCAUUGCAUCUGAUUCCAUUGAUGACAAGUCUUCUCUGAUGGAUAUAGAAGCUUCUCUGAAAGCCAGUUUCCUGGGCGGACUGGUAGAAGUUGGAGGAUCCGCCAAGUAUCUGAAUGAUACGAAGAAAUUCAAGAAUCAGAGUCGAGUGACACUUCAGUACAAAGCUACCACCAGCUUCAAACAGUUGAUGACUAAUCUUGGAACCAAACAUGUAGAAUAUUCUGAAUAUUUUCAGAACAUCGAGGCAACUCAUGUAGUGAUAGGGAUCCUCUAUGGGGCAAAUGCUUUCUUUGUCUUUGACAGUGACAAAAUAGAUUCUAGCAAUGUUCAGGAAAUCCAGGGCAGCAUGGAAGCUGUGAUAAAGAAGAUUCCUUCGAUUGAUAUUGCGGGGCGAGGUGCUGUCCAGCUAACCAGUGAGGAAAAUGACAUAACCAACAGCUUCUCCUGCAAAUUCCAUGGUGACUUCUUUCUCACAAGUAACCCUACAACUUUUGAGGAUGCAGUUCAAACCUACCAGCAACUUCCACAAAUGAUGGGGAAAGAGAACGCUGUUCCAAUGACAGUCUGGCUCGUUCCGCUUGUACAUUUUUACUCUGAAGCACCUAAACUGAUGGCCGAUAGCAGCAGUCCAAUACUUAGAAAGGUUCGCAACACUCUGGAAGACAUGAGGCAACUUGAAAUGAGAUGCAACGAUUCACUGGAAGACGACAUAGUGAAGCUGUUUCCACAGAUUAGAAAGGUGCUGAGCAAUUUCCAAAACAUUUGUAAUGAUUACAUGAUAAACCUCCAGAGGACCAUUGCGAAGAAUCUUCAGUCCAUCCGGAGUGGAGAAGAAGAUGAAAGUGAAAUGCUGAAACUUUUUGAAGAAAACCUUAGAUCACCAUUUAACAUUGAUAGCUUAAACAAGUGGAUGGAAUGUAAAGAAAGAGAGAUCAAUGUCCUUAGGUCCUGCAUGGAUAUUAUAGAGGAAGCAAAGCCCAAGGUUGUUCUAAGUCAGAGUCAGAUGAUCAGGGAGCUUCUUGAUUCAAAAGUACAGCAUGCAGUAUGCUAUGUUUUCACCUCUGUGGCAGACUAUGAUCCUUACCUGAAGUUGUUAAGGGACUUCUCAGAUUCACCUAAAAUGAUUGUAAAUCUUAAGAAACUCAAACCACCACCAAAAUACUACUGGUAUAUCUCAGAUGACUUACCAGAAAUGAUGAGAGAAAAAGCCCACCUUUUUUGCAACCUUGCCAAAGACAUGGACAACCGCUGUGUCCGUUUCCUUGUAGCGUCGAUAAUAAAUCCGAAGGAAGAUGGUGCAGCCAUCCACUAUUACAGGGAGGGCAUACAGAUCAUGAAUGACUUUACAAAACCAUGGAUUCCUCCUGUGGAGGCCAUACAAGACAGAAGAGAGUUACUCUGGUAUGACUGUGAGCUCACCCUGGACCCAGACACAGCCCACCCGGCCCUGACUCUGUCUGAGGGCAACAAAAAGGCAAUGUCUGGAGAACCGAAGCCAUUUGACAAUAACCCAGAGAGGUUUGAGCACUAUCAGCAGGUGUUGUGUGACAAGGGGCUGAGUGGGCGCCAUUACUGGGAGGUAGAGUGGUCUGGUUAUGUUCGUGCAGGUGUCACAUAUAGAGGAAUCAGCAGGAAAACAUGGGCCGUACACUCCUCACUUGGACAUAGUGAUGGGUCCUGGGUUUUUGACUAUUAUCCAAAAUCUGGAUACCAUCAAAUUUCCAAUAAUGAAAAGGUACAUGUAAAUGUGUCUUCCCCUGGCUUUGAACGACUAGGAGUGUAUCUGGACUGGUCUGCUGGCACUCUGUCUUUCUACAUGGUCACCACUAACUUUGUGACUCACCUCCACACCUUCCACACCAGAUUCAAUGAGGCUGUUUAUCCAGGCUUCCUGAUUGGGUUUGCACAUCAGAACUGCAAUGGUCAGAUUAAAUUACUUUAAUAUGUAUUUGUCAAUAUUGUCAAUAGUGCUCUUGAAUUUCAUGCUCAGCCCGCUCUCAUUCCCAGGGCAUCAAAUACCAACGCUUUGUCACGGCCGACGGCAUUAGAUAUGACAUAUAUUAAUAUCUGCUGAUAAUGCAAUAAAACAUGUAAUAAGAACUGAACAUGUAAUGAAAAUGUGAAGCACCUAAUGAAAUGUUUUGUGGAUGAUGUAAUACUUUAUUAGAUUUUGUGAUUAUUCUAUACAUUAUGGUUUCCAUGGCAAUUUUUAGAUGAAACAUGUAAUAACAUAUUGUAACAAUAAGCCAAAAUAAAACAAUUAUGACAUUAAAAAAGUUUAUCAUGCUUAAUUGCUCUUGUUUUCCUUCACCAACAAGGUAACAAGAGGCAUGUGUCCACAACAUAAAUAAAUACAAAAUAAUAAUAAAAUGUUAGGAAGAUUGUAAAGAUAAUCAGGUAUUAGCAAAUGCACAAUAAAUUCCCCCAAAAAGUUGUCAUUUAAUAUUUUAGGACACACAUACAUUAUAUACAUACAUUACACAUUCAUUGAUUUUAACCUUGGGAAACACUUCUUCACAGCCUACCAGAUUUAUGUCCAGACCAAAUUAGUUUUGACUUCAGUGUGGUGCCACAGAUCUCUGAAUAAAAUCUUACAAUUUAAAUCAAUCUACAAGUUAUGUGUUUCAGUCUUACAAGGUUUAUGAUUGUUUUUCUUGACUCUUUUGCUGUAACAGCUAUGCGAUUAGAUUAAUCAGCUAUAUUGCAAAAUAUAACAUAUUUAUGCAAAUGGUUCACAAAUAUUUAGAAAUGUUUUCUUCAUCCCCGUCUGGGACACUGUGAGUUGGAAACUUUUUCCAGGUGUUUUUUUUCACAAUUUCUCUCAAAUAAUUGGCUACAAAAUACAUAACUACAUUAUUAUUAUGAAGAACUUACUAUUUUAGUGAUUGUGCACAUACAUUUGGGUAUCU